UUAUAUUGGACAUGUUGAGGAAAACUUUCCCAAAUCCGGGUAGAUGUAUAACGUCGGUUACUUUUCGUGCUGCACAGAUCAUAAGUCGUAUUGUUCUGUUUUGAUUGUAUCAUCUUCAUAUCUAACGCUUUGCUUUCGUACCGAUUCGAAAACCUGCGCAAAACGAGCGCCGCUCUUUUCAGACGCAAGAGCCGCGUAGGCGGGAUCCGCUAUAUAACGGGCAUAGCCGCCUAAAAGCAUGGCACAGUGUGGGGAGCGGCGCUCCUCGGCUUCGGCACCACAGCCACUCACCGGGACGGGCAACUUUAAGGCAAGCGGAGAUUCUGCAUUCGUCGCGGAAGACAAGAAUACAAAAAGCACAGGCUGCUUCACAUGAUGGAUUCGCCGAGCAACAAAUGGUACCUCCAGCUGGUCUGUAUCCUGAUGGUUGCUGGGGCAGGCGGCAAGCCCGGGUUUUUAAAAGGCAACCACGGAGCAAGCAGUCAUCCAGGGAGCCUGGGUGAGAUCGAUCCGCAGUGCUGGGAUUCCUCUUCAAUUGCUGUCAUUGCGAUGAAGAAACUUCGUGUGGCAGACAGUGUGAACGGCUUUUGGGAUUUCAUGAUCUAUCUCAAGGUAUCCGAGCACCCGAAGCACAACGCUCUCUUCAUCGACCUGGCGCAGCUCUUUUGGGACAUUUACGUCGACUGUGUGUUGUCGCGGUCGCACGGCAUCGGGAGGAGAUACAGCGUGGCGGAGAAGCACAGCCGACAGUACGAGCAGAAGUUUACACAAAGUCUGCAAGAUAUUUCUGGGAACCACAUAUUUUAAUGAUGAUUGAUACUUACUACAAGAGAUAAGAUUGACUUUUUGUUUUUUUUAAGAAUUGAACUCCAUAUUCUUUGUAAAACGUUAAGAAACAAAUGUUUCUGAGAUGAGCUAUGGAUAAAAUAUUAAUAGUCUUACAGUCUACAAGUGCUUUGCCAAUGUCUAUUUAUUUAAAAUACCUCAGUUCUACAGCUUAAAUCUUAAGUGCAUGGUUUCAGGUUGUGCACAUGAAUGUGUGUAAAUAAGAGUGAUGGGUUUAGCGCUGGCUUGGAGAUUUCACACAUG